AGAGUUUUCAUUACACCGCUACAAGCAUCACGGGAGUCGCCGCUUAUCGCUGCACAAUGAGAGCAGCACUAGCCACUCGCUCAGUUGGCCCGGCACCCUCCAGACGCACGCAUGGCUCCCGACAAAUUCCAUGGCCAAGUGGCCCUUGUCACAGGUGGCGGCAGCGGCAUCGGACGCGCCACUUGCCUGCAGCUGGCUAAGGAAGGUGCCAGAGUGGUGGUGACAUCCCGCACACUGCAGGCGGCCCAAGAGACACUAAGUAUGUUGCCAAAUAGUACGGACCACCUGGCACUGCAGAUGGACGUGACGCAGCAGAGGGUCGUCGAGGGCGUCAUGGCGGCCAUUCGUGAACGGUUCGGGAAGUCACCCACACUUCUAGUCAACUGCGCAGGGUUUUUUGAAAGAGCGCCUCUUGUGGAAAUGGAGGAAUCAAGUUUCUGCAAAGCAAUUGAUGUCAAUUUGAAGGGGACCUUCCUUGUGACUCAGGCUGUUACUAAAGCCUUACUGGAUGAAGACAAAGAAGAGGAAAAGGAGGGAAGAGGCGUCAUAGUGAACAUAGCGAGCAUCAGUGGCAAAACAGGUUUCCCAGGCGCCAGUCACUGUGCGGCCUCGAAGGGCGGAGUUGUUGCUCUAACCAAAUCCUGCGCUGCUGAAAUGGCCAGGAAAGGUAUUAGAAUCAACUGUGUACUGCCCGGGAUAAUUGACACGCCCAUGGCUAGACGCGUUGACCAGAAAGAAAUACAGAAGCGCAUCAGUGUGAACCCCUUAGGGAGGGCUGGCAGACCAGAAGAGGUGGCCGAAGUUGUGGUGUUCCUGCUGUCGGCGCGCAGCAGCUACAUGGUGGGGGCCUGCGUGGAGGUCACGGGCGGGUCAGGCCUGCACUGCCCCUGGACCCACUCAGCUGGCGCAGCAGCAGUGGACGCAUCAAUGGCUCCCAGCGACUUUACCGGACAGGUGGCUCUUGUGACAGGUGGCGGCAGUGGCAUCGGGCGCGCCACGUGCUUUCAGCUUGCCCGCGAUGGUGCACGUGUCGUGGUUACGGACAUAAAUGUCCAGACGGCCCGUGAAACCCUCAGUCUGAUGCCAAACCCCGAGAAGCACCUGGCGCUGCAGAUGGACGUGACACAGCAGAGUGCCGUGCAGAGUGUUAUCACCACAGCUCGGGACAAGUACGGAGAGCCACCCAGCCUGCUGGUCAACGCCGCCGGUAUCUUGAUCACUGAUCCAUCCGUUGACAAGACGGGCACUGAUGUGAUCAACGUGAAUCUUAAGGGCAUCUUCCUUGUGACCCAGGCCUUCACUGAGGAGCUGCUGCGAGGGAACGAAGGGGCACAGGAAGAAAAGGGUGUUAUAGUCAACAUAGCAAGCAUAAUUGGCAAAAUAGGUCACCCAAAAAACAAACACUACGCAGCCUCGAAAGGUGGUGUUAUUGCUUACAGCAAGUCCUGUGCCGCCGAGAUGGCCAGAAAGGGUAUCAGAGUCAACUGUGUAUUGCCCGGCUUGGUGAAAACUGCCUUGAGCAAACGACUUUCCGAAGAACAAUUUCAGGCAUUUAUUGACAAAACCCCUCUUGGAAGAUAUGGCAAAACGGAAGAGAUAGCUGAGGUGAUCGUGUUCCUGCUGUCAAGGCGCAGCAGCUUCAUGGUGGGCGCCUGCGUGGAGAUCUCCGGCGGGGCAGGCAUGUGAUGGGCGCCGCGGUUCGAAGGGUCGUGCCGCGCAGCGAAAGUUGUCUUCAGAAAUAUAAUACUUUACUUGAGCUUUGGUUUUGCAAGUAACGAGAUUGUAAUAGCUGCAGGAUUCUGUAUGUGGAGUGUUUAAUAUGCCUGCUUUAAAAAGAUAUACAUAAAAUAUCUUUUCAUUGUAUUUUUUUUCAAUGCACAAUAAUAAACAUACAUUCAAAGA